AUGCAAGGCACUGCCCAGGCACGGCAUGGUGCGAGCGUAGACGGGCCGGACCGGUACGACACGGUGCGACUGAUCGUGUCUAGGCUGAGCGCAGACGGGCCGGCACGGCACGGCCCACCCCGUCUCGCCCCGGCCGCCCGCGCAGACUCCCGGCCACCCGCCCGCACCGGCCACACCGCCGCUCGGCCUCGCCGCCCCUGCCUCUACCCUGCCCCGGACGCCCCCGCCGCCCCUCCCCGCCCGCCUGACCGCGCUGCCACCUCCCUGCCCCGCCCCGCCGCCUCGCCGCGGCAGCCGCCUAGCCUCCCCGGCAGCUCCCCGCCCCGCCUAGCCGCGCCGUCUCCUGGCCGCUCCGCCCCGGCCCCGCCGCCCCUCCCCGCUCGGCCGGCCCGCCGUGCCGCAACUGUGCCCGGAUCGACCCAACACGGCACAAUCAGCCACGGGCCGUAUCGUGGGCCGCGCCUCCAGCACGCGGACCGGCACAACAUGAUCCGGUUGCUUAGCCGGGUCUAUCGGACCGUGCCUUAG